AUGUUGAGUGUGGCUGGAAACAUCAUCAUCAUCACCCUCACACUUUUGGAUUCGCAUCUUAAAAUGCCCAUCUAUUUCUUCCUCCGAAAUUUCUCUUUACUCGAAGUAUCAUUCACCACUGUCUGUAUUCCAAGAAUCCUGUACAGUAUGACAACUGGAGAUUAUAUUGUCAGCUAUAAUGCGUGUGCCACCCAAAUACUUUUUGUUGUCCUUUUUGGACUGACAAAAUUUUUUCUUCUUGCUGACAUGUCCUAUGAUCAUUAUGUGGCCAUUUGUAAGCCCCUGCCCUACACAACCAUCAUGAAUAACAAAGUCUAUACAAUAUUCAUCCUCUCUUGUUGGGUUGCUGGCCUAUUGAUUAUCCUCCCAACUCUCAGCCUGGGCCUGCAACUAGAAUUCUGUGAGUCCAGUGUGAUUGAUCAUUUUGACUCUGGUGCCUCUCCAAUUUUACUGAUAACCUGUUUGGACACAGUGUUAAUAGGAAAAGUUGUUCCAGCUUUUGCUGUGCUAACACUCAUAACUAUUUUGCUGUGUGUAGUCCUCUCCUACACAUACAUCAUCAAAACCAUUCUAAGAUUUCCUUCCGCCCAACAAAGGAAGAAAGGCCUUUCCACCUGCUCUUCCCAUAGGAUUAUGGUUUCCAUUAGCUAUGGAAAUUGCAUCUUCAUCUACAUCAAACUUUCAUCAAAGGAAGGAGUAGCCAUUAAUAAGGUAGUGUCUGCACUCACUACUUCAGUUCCCCUUUGCUUAAUCCAUUCAUGUAUACACUUCGAAACAAACAAGUGA